UGAGGCCACCCUGCAGCAGGUCGGUGUGCCUGACGCAGGAGGAACAUGCGGGUGGUGGACUGCGCAAGGCUGUUGUCUGUGCUGUGUUGAUUGGGAUCCAUAAUAUGUCCUCUGGAUGAUGCACCUCGCCUAAAACACAGACAUGCGUGUGGGACUGGGAGCAAUUGUCUGGACUAUAUUAGUCAUAGGAGGUGCAUCUCUUGUGGGCCAAGUGGUGCGUGUGCUGAGCAUUGACUUGAGGGAACCGCUGGAUGACGGUCACGAUACAAGGCCUAGGCGCAGAGAAUCAGCCCAGGUGGUCCUCGACUCUGCGGCCGACCACCUGAUAUGGUUUAUGCAGAUUUCUGAUCUUCACCUGAGUGUGUUUCAAGAUGCCACAAGAGCGACUCACUUCAGGGAGUUUGCCGCCUCCACUGUGGCCACCAUCAGACCUGCAGUUGUCCUUGCCUCUGGUGACUUGACAGAUGCCAAAGCUGCCGAUAUGCUGGGUUCUCGACAGUACGUUGAGGAAUGGGCCAUAUACAGUAAUGUUCUACGCUCAACAGGGGUCCUGAACAACACUGUUUGGCUGGACAUUAGAGGAAACCAUGACAACUUCAAUGUGGCAUCACUGGCCAGUGAAGAAAACUACUACCAGAAGUACAGUAUUCAGGGUCAGCGUCACCAGCGGUCAUACAUGUAUACCUACACUCGGGGUUCAGAUUCUGUGGCCUUCAUUGCCGUUGAUGCCUGUCUUCUACCAGGUCCUAGAAGACCUUUCAAUUUUAUUGGAAUGGUGACUGCCUCAGAGAUGAGACUACUCGAAGAGUUUGAGAUGGCCAGCAUGCGUCAUAACUACACUAUAUGGUUUGGUCACUAUCCCACUUCUUGCAUACUCUCGUCGGAACCUGGGAUACGUCGUCUGAUGGGCCGUGGACUGGCUUACAUGUGUGGUCACCUGCACACUCUCGGUGGCCUUGUUCCUAACAUGUAUACGCGACAACACACAGGCUCACUGGAACUGGAGUUAGGAGAUUGGAAAGAUGGCCGGAUUUUUCGGGUUGCUGCAAUAGACCACGGGCUGUUUUCUUUCACCGAUCUGAAUCAUGGCACUUGGCCCAUCAUCCUUGUAACAAACCCCAAGCACGCAUUGUAUGCCAUGAAGCACCAUGAACCACUGCACCUAAUUAAAGAAUCGACUCACAUCAGGGUGUUGCUGUGGUCUCUGUGUGCUAUCGCUGAAGCUCGAGUCAGAAUAGACGACUCGAAUUCCUGGCUCGCCCUGUCUCACGAAGAAGGACCCCUCUAUGUAGCCAAGUGGAAUCCAAACACUUAUGUCGAGGGGUUACACUUGAUUGAGGUAUUUGCAAGAGAUGCUAGUGGUCGAGUAGCAACACUUACACAACCGUUUUCUCUGGAUGAAUCUCAACCUUCAUUUCGUUUCUGGCCAAGAGCACUUCUCAUGUCCAACAUCUCUAUGUUUUUUCAGUUCCUCUUUGGCAUUAUGGUGUGUGUUUGUGUAGUUCCCCUGUGUGUGCUGCGCUACAUUCAUCAUCUAGUACUAGAGAGACGCAUGAUCCGUCCUCGUCCAAAAUGGAAGAUCUGCAACAUGUGGCUCCGCAAGUUAUGGGUCUUGGUCUCUGUUGAUAGACUCUUCUGGCCCAUUGUUGUUACUGCUGUGUACUUGCCUGUUGGGCCGUGGUUUGUGGGUGAAGUAAUUGAAGGUCACAUUGGAGUCGUAUUUGCCUGGGGAACUAUUGUAAAUAGAAGCUACCUUCCAGGGUCACUGACAUAUGCAUAUGGCUUUUUCCAAAUGCUGGUCUUUCAUCUCCCUCUCAUCUUGGCUGUGGCACACUGCAUUGACUUCAGAUUCUUGUCGUUAUAUGUUGACCCCCUGUGUAGUUUUCCCCGUUACCUGUGCCGCCAUGUGUGUGUACUGCUACUUAUAACAAUGCAGAUGAUAACGGCGUACUCCUUCUGGCUAGCGUAUGGGACAAUGGCACUGCUCUUGGGACCCCUUCGUACAUGGUCAGCCAUUCUUGGUAUCAUACUGUGGUACCAGUCAUCAACAAUGCACAAAGACCUACUCAGAGAUUAUCUUAAUUUACAGAGGCGCUGCAGAAGUUUGGGCUCCACGGUGCCAGGAUUGGGAUGAUGAUACAAUCAGCAAAGCUUAUGGGAGUCAAGAGCAUGUUGCUCAGAGUGACCUCUGACUCUUCAAGUACUGUACUCGUACAGUAUAUCUUCAGGUGUAGUAAUUUUCUUUUCUGUGAUUUAUUUAAACUUAAUUUAUUGCCUAAUGAUAUGGCAGAUCCUAUUAUUAGAUUUUUAACUGGCCAUUGUGGAUUUUCUGUGAUUUUACAGGAGAUAGAAGAGUCUGUCUUGUUCAGUAGAUCCUUCAUAUUCUCUGUAAUGCAAUGUAGCUUAAUAGUUUGUGGUAGCUUAUACACUAUGGUCAAAAUGAAGCUAUUGAUUUUCAGUUUUUGUUGGUCAGAAUUUUUUUUUAUAGAGGACUGUACAAUACUCGUAUUUCAAGAUAUAUUUUGUGCUAAAGUGAAAGUUAAUAAUUCUAUGAAUUAUCAAAAUAACAGUUGCCUUAUAUGAGCAGUUGUGUAGUGAGAAAAGAGCAUUACUAUAGUACAGUAUUUUCCUCGUCCAUUUAUUUGUUAUUGGUUAAUUCUUUACUAUUUUUUAUGCAUUCAAGAAGAUAAAAUAUUUAUUUGAGAGAUUUAUCUGUGAACUUUACUGUGCUUUUGUCAGAUUGGUGUGUCGUGAUGCACAACUCUUUAUUUUAAAAGAAUGUGAAUGAAAGGUUUGCAUAAAAACAAAUACAAAUAAUUAGUUUUAAAAGAAACAUAACUAGGUUAUUAAUCUUUGAAAUUUGAUUUUUUUUAUAUCUUUAACAUAUCACUUGUAAUAAGACUGCACUAUACUGCAUCUCUGCUUUGAUAAGAGGACUCAGAUGAAUGGUACUGUAAAGUUUGUUAACCCCACGAGGUUCAUGGCAUUUACCCUGUUGUGUAUUGGCCAAAGAGGGUAAAAGAGGUCAUCCUUCCACUACAUAGCUGGACUCCUAGUUUCUAAAGUAAUAGGGUGCCUGAACAAUUUUUAAUUAAAGAAAGAAAAAUCACUGGAUUAUGACGAUGACUCCUGAACCAUAUCCUGGUCUUACCUUAUUAUAGAAAACGAGACCUCUGACCAUCAUAGUGCGUUGAUAUCUGUUUUGAAUGGCUAAGACACACUUCUUUAGGAAAUCUCCUUUAUUUGAAAUUGAAGAGACCAGUUUUAUAGUGGAAAGGUGAGCUACUUUUGUAAUUAAUCUCCUUUGGUCAAGCCUCUGUGGACCUAGUAGGGUUAACAACUAUCACAGGACAAUUUGUCUGGUGCAGAUUAUAAAAUGGGAUUGUAGGAUCAUUCUUUGAUUUUUUGUUAAACUGUGUUCUCAUCUACUUGGGUAGAACUGCUGUACAAAUCAAGUGUAUAAAACACAAUAAAAUGAAGUAUGAAGUUAAAAAAGGAAAAUAUUUUGAGGAUAAAAUAUAUAACAAUAUUAAAUUUAAGUAAAAUCUUUAUAUAUGUUCAACUCCAAAAAACUUUCACAUGAUAAAGAGCUUUCUGUUGCUUGCUUGGUUCAGUGCUGUUAAGUUUGCACAUAUAUAAUAUAUUGUUAAGACCUGUGUUACCAUCCCCUCUUCUUUAUAUGUGUAUGGUAAAUGAUGUUUCCUACAUGCAUGGUUUUAUGAUAUCAUGUGUUGCUGUAUGUAAGACUUGUUAACAUUCUCUCCAACUUGUACAGUUCUGUCUCCUAUUUUCAGGUAUAUUUUAUUUAUGUUUCAUCACCCAACAAAACAGCUUGUGGUACUGUGAAAUUUUAAGUCUUUGCUGAAGGAUUAACACACACAUUACACAAAUUCAUAAUUGUGUAUAAAGUACUGUACCCUGUACUGUAUAAAUCAGAAAGUAUGUGGGAAAACAUAACUUAGUUUAACAAUAAAAAGUCCCAAGACUGACUCACUUUGUACAAUUACAAUAUAACAUUUUUAACAAAAAUCUACUACUGAGAAUGCUCUUCAAACUAAAUAAUUUGCUUUAUCCUCUUUGCCACUGAUCUGCCUGUUAACUGCUUGGGCUGUUGGCCACAUCUCUGUUAUGCACUGCUAGCAAGUAUUGGUCUUGCACUAACUCAAGAAUGUAUCUGAACCUUUGCCACUGUUGGUCAAAUCUAGUAUCAAAUGAGCUCACGCACGGUGCACCUUGAUCACGAUUAAAUUCCUGGCAUAACUGUGUUUGGAUAACAUUAAUGCAUACAAGUAAAAGAAAAUUAGGAUGUUGUGAAGAUUUGGCACCCCAGCUUAUUUCGUCUGAUGAUUAAACACCCUAAUGCUAACCUAAUCAAACCAGACCUAAUCCCCCCAGGUAGCAUUAUGGUGAUUAACCAUCAGGUGAAAUAAACUGGGCUGUCUAAGCUUUACAUUAUCAGAAAAUUUAAAUCAUGUGUAAAUAAGACAUUUCAUUGUCAGUUAGAUUUUCCUCCAAUUUGCUUUUCGAGUGAUUAUGUAUUUUUGGAUUUUUGUGUAAAAAUAUAAAGAAGCAUUGUAGAUGACUUAAGAAUGUAAGUAUUAUGGAUACAUGUAAUUUUUUCAGCUUUUCAUUCUAUUUCAGAUUCAGUCCAUAUUAAAACUCACUCAGUCAAUCCUUAUCGUUCUCUGCACUGAUAUAUGUAUAUUUUAUGUAAAGAUACAGUAAUAUCUUGUACUGUUUUUUGUCUACAGGAAAGAGGAUAUUCAAAACUGUAUGUCUGAAAUGCACCACCACAACUACCUUUGCUUCCACUGUAUUUAUAGCGCCGAUACUUGUCAUAUAACUCCCUGAUGAUGGUGAUAAAUCUUUGAAAUCCGCUACACACACGAGCUAUGCAAAUAAAUCUGGGCAGAUGCCUUCAUACACUCGAAAUAUUCUUAUAAUGUAGUGCACAACAGAUUAUUGUGAUUUAUUACAAAUUCUACCUUAGUAUAUACAGGUAUACUGUAUAAUAAUCAUAAAUAAUCAUUAUUAGAAAUACUAUGCUGCAUCUUAUUUGCUUUGUCAGUAUGAAGGCAUCGUAUGUUGCUGAGUAAUUGUAUUGGUAUAUCUAUAUAGUAUAUAAAGUAGUAGAUAUGCAUCAUGUAUAUACAGUAGUUGAUAUGUGUCAUGUAUAGAAAAACUAAGGAAACAUUGAAGAAUGUAUUGUACUACGUAUCUCAUUGUAGGAUAAAUUUUCUUUGGUCAAUAUCUCCUGACAGCUUAUUGUGUUUAUAAAUCCAUGUGGAGCUUGUAUGGCUAUAGAAGAACAGUCCCCUGCACUUAUACAGUAUACUGUACUCUCGAUUUAAUGGAAUCCGAUAUAACAAACUCUCGAUUUAGCGAAAAGCAUUUUAUCGUUAUUUUUCGCUCGAUUUAGUGAACUACUUCGCGAAAUUGAGAUUAAUGUACCUGUUACAGUGUGCUGGUGCAUUUUGUGAGAUGUGGCAACUCUGUGGAAGGCUUAUCUAGUAGCCUUAGUUUGGAUACUAUUGUGAGGUUCCUUAGGGCCAUUCUGGGAGUUUUAAUACCAUUAAAACAAACACAGAGCUGCCACAUUUCACAAAAUGUGUCAGGUAUAAGUGCAGGCGACUGUAUGCAGAAAUGUGAUAUUAAAUAAUUUUAGAAGAUUAUCAUAAUCAAAUUUGCUGCUCUCCUGGGUUUGCCUUCCAAAUAUUUAUGAAAUUGUUUGAAUAAGGUUUCAGAAUCAUAAAACCAAUAUGAACAUGCUUGUGCAACCAUGUGCUGGUUGUACACUUUUAACAUCUGUUGUUUUCUUAAUGUGUAGGGAAUCAAAUUUAUAUUGUUGUAUGCAUGUAAUGUCAGAGUUGAGUGAAAGAAAUAGUGGUACCGUACUGGGUGAUGACCUAAACUUUAUGUUGGUAUACACACUGAGAGUUAUGAAGGUGUGCAUGGUGGACAAGGCAAUGGUACAAAGAAUGUAGACAGAGAAAGAGUACAGGUACUUGAGCUUGGACAUACAGUACAUUGACAGUGGUACAGUAGUAUGCAACAUGUUAUAUAAGAAGAGGGCAAGUAAGCUGAUCACUCAUGAGUCAGCUGGCACAAAAACCCAGAUUGACGACAGUCUUAUCAGGAAAUUAGAUAGGAAGCAUCUUAGAAAUGUAAAGGUUAUAGCAAGGGUAGAAUUUGCCUUGCAGCACAGAUUGCUUGUGUAUGACAUGUUGUUUAAAAGGUCUUGGGAAAGGAAGAAGAUGUAUUUUCUGAGAAGGAGAGAGUGAAAAUGAAGAGAAGGGUUUUAUACUGAGCUGAGAAGAGUGGAAAUAGCCAGUGUAGUGAGAUGCUGGGUCAUAAUAGAGUAAAUUUUGCUAGGCACAGUACUGGCAUUGUAUGAUGGCCAAAAAACUAGUGAUUAAUUUAAGGUGAAAAUAUAGGUUCAUUUGGGAUCUGUCUUAUGGUCCCUUCUGCUUAUGGUGGUGCUAGAGGCAAUAUCACAGGACUUUAGGACUGGUCUGCCUAGAGAGGCUAAUGACUUAGUACUGUUAACAGAUAGUACUGAGAAGGUAGUUCAGAGGUAAGAGGGCAGCAGGGUAUUGAGAGUACAGUAUUGAUGACGUUUUGUGUAUAGGUAGGUUGAGGUGGUUUGGGUAUGUGAAGAGAAUGGAUGAGACCAAUUGGGUCAAAAAUGCAAGAAUGACAUGGGGAAAGAUGUUUGAAAUGACAUUACGAAUUAAAAACCUGGGAAGACAGUGUGCAGCAUGAAGAGUUACCAUGUGGUAACUGCACCUAACCCCUGCAAGCAUGGAAAAUUGAUGAUGAUGAUACAUGCAAAUUUUAAACAAUGCAUACAAGUUGAGAAGACCUAAUGUACUUGAAUGAAGGGUUCACUGCAAGAAUGCUCAAGAAGUAGAAUGUAAAAUAAAAGCAAUUCAUGAACAAAAUAGUUAAGGAUAGAUCUGUGAUUAGAUAUUAAUAAUCUUGAUAAAGGUGUAUUAACUGGAAAUAACAAAACAUGCUAUGUUUUAAAGAUAGUGAAAAAGGGAAUGAUACCUUCUACACUGUUACAGAGAAGUAAGACUAGUGUGUUUUGGUGUAAAAAUUUUGUAAAAGUGACUUUGUUGUCAUAUAUUGUAAACCAGGGGGAGGUUUAGGUUUGUGGGAAAAGAAAGUUUGCUAUUCUGGAACCAUUGGGUUGCUCUCUUCUGUUUUAUUGCAUCUUUCUCCAUAAAUUUUGUGCAGGAUUUAGACAGUAAGGGGUAGUGGGCAAGCAAGCAUUGAAGGGUGAUGGUUAGGGCAGAAGUGGGUAGUAAGGAAUAGUAAGUAGGACCUUUAAGGGCACCUUCUUACCAGAGUGGGGGGUGGGCGUGCCAGCACACACCCAGUACGGUACCUGCCUGGAUCUCGGAUCUACCACUGACAACAUAUGUUCAUGUGCAACACCAGUACAGGGGGUCCUCAUUAUAAGUGGUUUUGAACUUAAGUGGUCAAAUAAUUGUGGACCUCCACGUAAAAAGUUCCCGCAGUUAAGAGGAUUCUAAGGCUAAAAUCCGUCAAUCUAUAGGAGCAUUAACGUUUGAGUGAUUGAAAUUCCCCUCCGCCUCCCACUCUCUGAAUGGUCAUCCUUUUCACCUGUGCUAUGCAUGCUCAGUACCAGGCACCUGUGUCCACAGGCAUUAUUUUGAAGUGCUCCAAGAACUAUACUUAUCAACUUUGUUGCACCUUGAUGACAUUGGUGGACUAUUUUUGUAGCCAUCAGUUCCAAACCAAAGCAAGGUGGUGUAGUGGCUAAAAGGAAGCAUAGUAGCUAUGGGAUGGAUGUGAAAUUUGAAGUUACAUGUCAUAAGAAAAGUGGUGAGCAUUUAUCACUUUACCAUUUUCAGUGAAAUGAGUGUGUGAGUGCAUGGUUAGGUAGCUUGCGCUGCAUCAACACACCGACCUCAAACGAACUUUAAGUACCUUAAAUAAGUUGUGAAGUUAAAUAAUUUCAUAAAAUAUUGUAUAAUCAAAUGUUUUUAAGGUAUAUAUUAAUGCUAAAAGAUACCAAAUUAAACUUUGAGUGCCACUUAAAAUGUGAUGGUCCCGAUUAGACCCUAUUCCUAUUAAUUCUUAAGGGAAUCAAUUCAUCUUUAUAAGUGGUUUCAUUAGCAGUGGCUUUUUUCUGGUUCCUAUUAACCACUUACAAUGAGGAUCCCCUGUAUUACAUAGCACUGAUCUGAUGAGGUAGUUAAGGCACUAGCAUGAAUUAUGUAAGGAAUAUGAUAUUCAGUUUCUGCUAGCUAUGACUUUAAUGUUUACUUAGAACCUUUAGGGAUUUACAGUACCGUAAGUGAAUUGUCAAAAUGUUCUGCCUCUGCUACUCUACCUGAAGUGAGGAAACUAUCAUACUGGCCAUAGAUCAAGAUAUUUGUAACAUAAUUUAAAUGAGGUUCAUAUUUACUCAAGAAACACUUCCCAAUGACUUUCAGUAAAAAAUACUGUACAAAGGUGAUAAACAUGACCAAGAAAGCAAUGGAUAUAGGAGGAGCUUUGGGAUGCCCUGUGUCUCAUCAACCAUUCCUUCAGUUAAAAGAGGAAUUCUCGAUUACUCAUAUGAAAACCUUGAUGAUGAUGAUGUGUUGGCGGGAGUGUUGAGGUGUCAAGACGUCCAAGGAGUAUUGGUUAUGUUGUUUACCUUAAGUGUAAAAUGUUCAGUAAGUGAUAGAUGUAUAAUAGAGAUUCAUGUAACCUGUAAUCAAAAUUUCCAAGUUUAUUUAGAAUGUGAUAUUACAUAGUACGUAUUGAACUUGUUUACUGUAUUGCAAGUACACGAGGUUAACCAGAUACACUAGCUUCGCUGCUGUGCACAAUAGCAUAUAUUGUUGGAUAUUUUAGUAUUAAUAUACUAUGCCUAUCUUUGGAUUCAUGAUACCUGGAACAAAGUGAUAAUGAUUACUCUCAGUCAUGAAAUACUGUACUGGUGAGCCCCUUUAUAUUCUUCAUACUCAGGAUAAAACAGUACUGUAUUAAAUUAUAACUAAACUGUUUAGAUAUACCAUAAUGUAUUUAGGAUGGUAUAUCAUGUUGCUAAUACCCUAUAAAGUUCUAUAUACAGAACAAUAUUAUCAUAUAUUUCAAGAGUAUUAUGAUUGGUCGUCAUUUUAUCGUGGAAUACAUUUAUUGGUUGAUUAAUUAUUAAUUUUCAGUUUUUGUGUCGGUAUUAAGAGUGUGAUUUACUGUGUGUGUAUCAACCAGUUUUAAAUUUUUAGAGUUUUAAGUUACUUCCAUUUUUCAUUGUCAUUAUAGUUUAGUUAAUGGGUUAGUUUUGUGUCGUACAGUACUUGGUCUUUUAUAACUCCUCAGAGCAAAAGUGACUGGGAUUAUAUUAUGGAUUAUCGUAAUAUAAUUCUUUGCAUUAUAUGUAAUGCUCUUUCUUACUGGUCGAUAUUAAUUUUUUGUGGAUAGUUGUUCGUAAGGAUGUACAUUUUAUUUUCUAUCCAGCAUUACUACUUCAGUGAGCUUUAUUCCUUGUGAUCUCACUCAUUUAUUUAAGCCUGGGAAGAGACUGUUGGAUAUAGACAGGUAUAAGUACAUGUACACUGUACAGUCUCCCAAAAAAGUAUUGUUCCCUUUUCUCAUUGAUGGCAUGUGUCACAAUGGAUGAAUAUUUGCGAUCACUAAUUAUGAUUCCUGCAUUAUGUUAGUAGGUCUGCCUUCCUAGUAUCUGUGAGGUUGCCAGUUAUUAUUUCUGGCAUUUGUUGUAAUUAUGGUGAAUCACUGUGCUCCAUCUUUGGUACAAUAAUAUAAUGAUAUUAAUGUAGCAAAAAUAUAUCAACGGCAGUCAAAUAGUGGGUGUUUUCUGCUGGAAAUCCAUGACCAAUACUAGUACCCGAGACCAGGCCCGGAUUAUGGGGAGGGCGUACCUGGCGCACGCCCAGGGGCCCCCCACAUCUAGGGCCCCGCCCACAACAUUGUAAAAAAAAGUUUUAGAAACCUUUACCACAGAGCGAUAAACAAGUGGAACAGAUUGCCUAACACUCACUGUGCACCACUUACCGUAACUCCACCCGGCCGCCACAAAUGUUUCCUACUAUAACUCAUGAUUGGUGAACUGAUUUAACUUAUUCAACACAGAGAUUAUAAUAAAAUAAUAAAAAGGCUGUAUAAAUAAGUGAACACUACACCACACAAACUUCUUCAAGAUCCAAAACUAAUUCUUCAAUCAGCAGUAAAUUUCCUUGAAAUGUUUCGUUGAAAGAAAACGAGACAGUUUUGAUGCCAAUGAGGAAAAGGAAAAGAUCUGGCAGGAAGCACCGAGUUUGUCCGUUCAGGUCGUCAGAGGCUAUCAAACGUACGGCUCGCUCCACUGGAUUAUGGACGUUCAAGUGAAGUGGAUCUCAGUCCAAGAGACAAUUUCCGAACAAAAUGCUUCAUCACAGUCAUUGAUCAACCAGUGGUAUCCCUAAACGAAAGGAUUGCUCCAUACACGUUGGUGAAGGAUCACUUCGGCCUUUUAAGCAAUCUGGAAACCAUGUCGGCCGAUGCCAUUCAUUCUGCUUCAGAAAAUCUUCUGCAAACUUAUGGAAAAGAUAUUGAUGAAAACAUCUCCAAUGAAAUGAUCUCAAUUCUCGUCUCUGGUAAAGUUGUAUGCAAAAGCCGCGGAUGAGCCCAAUGAGUCGUUUUAUUACAAUCAGCAUUUCCAAAUGUAAAAACGGUUUUGAGGAUAUAUCUGGUGUUAAUGGUCUCCAGUUCUACCGGGGAGCGUUCCUUCUCAAAAAUGAAACUGAUCAACAACAGGCUGCGGACCAAGAUGCGCCAGGAGAGACUCAACAAUCUGAUGCUAUUAAGCACCGAAUCAGACAUUUCAAGAGAACUUCCAUUUGACAUUGUGAUACGUUUAUUUGCUAGAAAAAAAAUCACGCAAAGUGCAUUUGUAAAUGAAUGUAUACGCUUUCUUUGAAUGGAAUAAAUAAUUUGUAAAUGUGUCAUUAUUACUAGAUUUUAUUGUUUCUAUUGAUCUUGGAUAUUACCUAAAUUUAAUUUCAGUUGUCAGCAGGGAGCCCCCCCCCCACUACUAGGCGUCGCCCAGGGCCCCCCCAACCCCUUAAUCCGGUACUGCCCGCGACUCAUUGGAAAAUACAGCUUGCACCGACAGACAUGGAGAAAUGUCACUUUCCGAAUAACAGUAUAGCUAUAAAUCAAUGUUUGUUAGCCAAGCCGUUGUUCGAUCUCCUUGUUGCUUAGGCCUGUGUCGUGUAGGGUGAUGAUACUGCCUCUUGUUGCCUGUGAUGUCUCCAUAUUGACAUUGUCUCAUAGUGUGUAUCAGAGAAUGUUCCAUUGCCAGCAUGAAUCAUGAGAUGAUAUGUUAUAUUCAUAAAUGUUAUCUCAUCAAUUGAGGUAGAAAUGAUAUCGAAAUCCAGUAAAUCAUAAUGUCAUUGUAAUUGGAUAUGGCAUCAUUAUACACCUGUAAUUACUGUAUUUGCAAAUGAGUGUAAUAUCGGAUCGUGGUGUUUCAUAUUUCAUUCGAAGCGAUUCCAUUGUAACCUCGGUUCAUGAAAACAUAUUAACGUUAUAUUUCUAUUUGGCAACCCAUCCCCUGGGGCUGACAUAUUAUCUAAGGUGCAUAAAUCAGCGAGGUUACUCAUGACGUUAUUGGUUUUGCAAUGGUAUCACAAUUCAUCCUAUUUUUUUUACAUUAUGUAGAGAAUAAUUGGUUUACUGCAGGUAUGGCGAUUAUCAGGUGCAAGAAGAAAGAGCAAAAGAUGCAACUCACAAUCAGAAAUACCAACCAAACCAAGACUGCUGUGCAUGUGUUAUUGUGUUCAUUUUCAAAUAUAUCAGGCCUGGGGGGGAAGGUGAUACUCUUUGGGGGAGUGUACAUUGUUUAGUGUACAGUACUGUAUACCUCCCCAGUUAUUUGCCUAAUAACAUUCCUGUUCAAGCCUGGUCAGUCAGUCUUUCAGUAAAAAUGUAGGUAUAAUUGAUCGGUGUUAAGAUUAGGCACCUUAGUUUAUUUCACCUUAAGAUUAACCACUCUAACAUAGGGUGUUUAAUUAUCUGGUGGAAGAAGCUGGGGUGCCUAAUCUUCAAGUGACUCUGUAUCAUAAUUCUAACUACUGUAUAAACAUUUACUUGAAAGGUAGUCAUCAAAGAUUCAACAUGAGCGAUGUAGACUUCAAGUUAGUAAACAAAUCCCACUUCAUGGCGGGGGAUGAGUGAACUUAUGUUACAAAUAUUGUGUGCUUACUCCCUUAUUGAUUGGUCAUUCAGUGCUUUCAAAUGUGAGAAUUAAAGUACAGUACAAGCUGUAAUGUAAUGUGUGUUCAAUAUUCAGUGCUGUAAUGCUAAAUUAUUGUUCAAGAACUACCUCCUUGUGGCCAAGGAAGAAAUAUUAUGUGAGAACAAGUUAUAUAGAUGUACUGUACUAAGUAGACAGGUAGAGAACACAGUAUUGUACAGUAUCACAGCACAGGUCAUUAUUAUUAUCUCCAGUGCAAUACUGUACAGGUAGUCAUAUCGUAUAGUUAUCCAACAAGUGGUAUUUUUAAAUAUGAAACAGACAGCUUUUAGAUAAGGAACAUUUACUUCAGCUGUUUAUAAGAAAAUAAACUUGAAAAUUUAUAUGAAUUAAAUUUUAAAGUCAUUCAUGGUAGUUUUAAAAUAAAAGUUCAGGCCAGGAUAAUUUGAGAAAAGUUACACUGAAUAUUAUUUCUAUAGACAAAUACAAAGUUAUCCUGCUGUGGCUACACCACUCUCCACAUAAUGUAGUUAUUCAAUUUGCCAAACUUAUCAUUUUCAUAUACAUUACUUGAUAAUUAUUAAUAUGAAAUCUACAGUAAUAAAUAAUAUAAAUUCAA